CCUCCCUUCUGUCGACUUGGGUCCCUGAGGUUGUGAUCCACGGCAGUGUGUCGGCUGGCUCCCCCGCGGCCAGACAGGCGUGCAGGGAUCCCCUGCAGCAUCCCGGAGAAGCGCCCAAAGAGCCCGAUGCACGCCACGCUGGGUGAAGAGUGGGGGGCUCAUCCUUGGCUGACACCCGGUUACCCACCAGCCCACUCCACCCUAUGUCGAACUGGGUUCUAAACGGGCUGAGGACAAUCUAAAUAACAAUGGAGCCUUUGCAAAACGGGACCGAUUUUGAGGAAGACUGCCGAGGUGCUGAGGAGGAAGAGGUUGACCCAAGAAUCCAGGGAGAGCUGGAGAAGUUAAACCAGUCCACAGAUGACAUCAAUCGCUGGGAGAGCGAGCUGGAGGAAUUCCGCCAACGCUUCCGCGCCGUCUUGGUGGAAGCCACCGUCAAGCUGGACGAGCAGGUGAAGAAGAUCGGACGGGCCGUGGAGGACUCCAAACCUUAUUGGGAGGCUCGCAAAGUAGCCAGACAGGCCCAGGUCGAAGCCCAGAAGGCCACCCAGGAGUUCCAUCGGGCGGUGGAGAUCCUGCGGGCCGCCAAGGAGACAAUCUCCCUGGCCGAGGAGAGACUGCUGGAGGAGGACAGCCGUCAGUUUGACUCGGCCUGGCAGGAAAUGCUUAAUCAUGCCACGCAGAGGGUAAUGGAGGCCGAGCAAACCCGAACGCGCAGCGAGGCCGAGCACAAGACGACGGCGGCCAACUACACGUCCUGCAUCAGCCACAUGAAGCAACUGGAAAAGAAACUUAAACGCUCCAUCAACAAAUCAAAGCCGUAUUUUGAAUUGAAAGCAAAGUAUUAUCUCCAGCUUGAGCAACUGAAGCGUCACGUGGACGAGAGGCAGGCUAAGCUGGUGGGGGCUAAAGCCGAGUACCGCGCCGCCCUUCGCCGCCUGGAAAGCAUCUCCGAGGAAAUCCACGCCCAGCGCCGCUCCGUGGAGACCCGAGGGCGGGGGGUUGGGGCCGAGCUCGACGGCGAGGACCUCGAGGGAUUCUCCGUGGAUUGCGACGGCAUAUCGAUGGUGUCGGUGUCCAUGGACGACGACUCAGAGGAAGACGCUCAGUCCCCCUCAUCCAGUCCGUCCACCUCCGCCACCCUGGACAUGCCCUCACCGCCGUCCGAGACCUCCAUUCUCCACACACCUUCCUCCCCAUCCUCUUCCUGCUCCGGUGCUUUGGAUGUUGCCAGCCCGUGCAGCUCUCACUGCACAGACUCACCGUGCGGUUCUGCCCAUGGCUCGCCUCUUCUGGGCCCUCGGAGCCAGUGCAGCGGAGCCUCCUCCCCGGACUGUGACCAGGAGAGAGGAGAGCGAGCAGAGGGCGCCGAAGCCACAUUGGAAGGCAACCUGAGCAGGCUUAACGUGACCGUUGCACACACCCAACAAGACAAUGAUGACAUGGAGGAUAAAAAGGAGACAGAACACUUGAGCAAUGAACUCCCCCUACCGUCAAACUCUCCCCUACUCAACAGCGUCUAACCGGGAUGAUCUCCAUAAAAAGUGCCAUAAAUGACAGUGUAGCCAUUUGAAUGCAUCCAGUGACUAAAUAAUCAAGUAUCAGUGCUCAUCUAAGGACCGCAUCUCCCGUAAUCUUCCUUGCUUCACAAGAACUCAUCUACUCAUACUGCAAUUUGAUCAUGUUAAGGACUGCAGUCCCAAAAUGAGGAAUUCGCAAAGUAAAGCAAAAAAGUGUUGUUUUUGAAUUGUGCUUAUAUUUUAUAAUGCUGAAUAGCUCCCUCUAGUGCACAUUGACCUGUAUUUAUAGUCUUCUUGUAUUUGAACAUUAUUGGGUGUUUGUUGUUCAUGUUUAAUGCAAAAUAACAAGCAAUAAAUGUGUGCUUUAGGUGA